GCAUCUGGCAGCUCUGAAGCUUUAACCGUCAUGUCAUAUUGACAUCUGUUUUUAUUGCUCUUUUCUUUUGUUUUUCUUUCGUCUCGAAAUAUCUACGCGUGUGGUGUUUCGGAAUCCGUAUUCGAAAUGGGGAAAGCCAGGAAACCAAAAGUGCACAAGAAUAAGCUCAAUCCUACCGGUCUGGUGGAUGUGAACGCAAUGCUGGAUCAGGAGCUAUCAAAUGGUAAAUCGGAUUCACCUAUCCAGGCCAUUGCCGAGCAAUUGCAGUCGGCCAGCGCCGAAGAAAAGAUUUGCGGCUUGCAAACGCUGGCCACCAUCUGCCAUAACGAUGUGAACAUUGCUGCUGUAGUGGAAAGCGAUAUUGUGCGAAUCGCCGCGUCUCUGCUAGUGGAUUCCGAUCAAAGUAUUCGACACGCUACGGCUGGAGCUUUCCGGAAUCUGUCGGUACUGAGUGUGGAAAUUUGUGAGUACAUGGUCGAUCAGGAUGUGCUGACACCACUUUUAGCACUGUUGAAUCGUUACACUUCGGCUGAAUGGAAGCCGACUUUCGAUGCUACUGUGCAAGGACAAAUGGAUGAGAAAUCGGAUACAUUCCUGCAUGCUGUUAGCCUGCUUUGGAAUUUAUGCGAAAGUACUUCAGUGGCUUUGGACAGUUUCAAUCAGUCUCAUCUUUUGGAAAGUUUCGUUAGAUGUCUGGAUUGGAAGAUUUACGGAAAAGAUAUUGCGAUUGCUGUUGCCCAGUGUUUGCUAGUCAUUUCGGAGGAUAACUCCGCCUCAUGGAGAGUGCUUUCAAACUUUGGUAGCGAACUUUCAUCCUUACUAACCCUUGAGGGAGACAACCCGAACGUACUUUUGAGAACCGUAUCAGCUGGAAUUAUCGCCAAUAUCCCUGCCUUGUCGGCUAAUUAUUCAGGCCAGCUGUUCAUAGCCAUCUCCAAAACUUUAGAGAUUAAUCACCGUUCAGCGCUGGGUUCUGUAACCAGCUCUCUACCCCUGCUGUCGCACAAGAAUGUUGCCGAUCUUGAAGUAUUGGAUGAUGCUCCCAUGGAAGAAGAAUCAGCUCAACAGUCGCAUCAACGGCGGCGCCGAGAUGACAUGCCCUCUGAGGUCGAACUAGAAGUUCGAAAUAUGGGCUGGCUUCUACAGGCACAGCGAAUUGCAGCCGAAAUAUUGACAAACAUUUGCUCGACCGAUGAGGAGGAAUGGCAAGAUGACAUGGAUGAUGAAAAUCUCUCGGAUGCAGAAAGUGUUCAUGAUUAUGACACUGACAAUGGACCAAAUGACAGCCUGCAGAAUACCGACAAACUGCCGGUAGAAGUGCUGGAUGCCAUUAAAUCGCUUGGACUAGUCGAAAAACUUUGGCAAAAAGCUCAGCCAAUUGCCGAAAAUGUACGACAGAUCCUUGCUGAAAGUGACCGAAACUUACUCAAACGCGUUAACAAUAUGCGAGCUUCCGCUAUGCUUUGUCUCCAUAAUAUGUGCAAUAACAUAUCCACCGAAGACCUCGGAGGUGCUGAGGCCAUCUACCAAGUCUGGCUGGAGCUCGGCCAGCAAGUUUUCCAAGGCGAACAAAAUCCCAAGCUGCUGGAAGCAUCGACCACAUUAAUGCGAGCCACUUUGGAACAUCUACGCAAAAGUCCGGAGCUUUUCAGUCAAGUGACCGAAAACGAUCUACAGCUGAUGCUGACUGGAGUAACUGAGUGCCAAGAUUCGGAAAUUCGUGCAAACUGGCUGCGCAUGCUGGGCAUUCUCGGCUGCCUUUUGCCUGAACCGUUGAUCCGAAUAAUUAUUGAUUUUGUCCUUACGACCUGCCUCAAGGAGCAGAAUUUGUGGACUGUUUCCGAGGCGAUGGACUCUAUGAUGGACAUUUUCGCAGAGAAUGACUGGACUGAAAUUGUGCACGAUCUGGGAAUGGUGGCCAAAUGCAAGGAAUUAGACCGUCGGAUGAAAUCCAAACUGAAGCAAAGCAAAAGGGAACUGAACGAACGAUAUCCGGCCGUUUGCACUGUGCGGACCAAUCUCUGCCGGUUCUGUAAGUAUCUAGAAGCGGAAAUGAAAAAAAUCAAGCCCAUGGCUGAAGCUUAGACGGGAAGGAGUGUGAGAUUGAGAGAUUAUUUGUAAACGAAAGUUAUCGAGUGACCAGUUUAGUAUAUACUAUGGAGUUUAGAAGAGAAUACAUUAGUUUCCUUCACUUUUUUUAGUCGUUAGAUGUAGCAGAAGAUACGCACUAAAUAAACAUCAUCUAUAAUGUUUUCCUUUUCGGUAGAAACUA